CAGACUGAACUACGAUUUCUACAUUCCAAACCAACAUGUUUUAUUGUUGUUGGUAAACCUGGUAGUGGUAAAACUAGUCUAGCCAGAAGAUUAGCUUUGGAAUGGAAGUGUGAAUUGAUCAAUGCCAGUGAAUUGAUUAAUCAGAAUAUUGAAUUACAAAGUGAUAUGGGUAUAAAGUUUACAGAAAUAUUAAAUAGAGGUGAAGCUAUACCAGAAUCAUUAGUUAUUAAAAUGAUUGAAAAUAAAAUCAACUCUCCAGAAGUAGCUCAUCAUGGUUAUGUACUGGAUGAUUUCCCAUCUAUAUCAGAAUCUUAUUUGAGUGUUAGAGAUCAAUUAGAACUUGUUAAAAAUUGGAAAUUACGGCCAGAUUUUAUCAUCAAUAUAAAGAUCCCUGAUAAAGAUAUAGAGAAAAGAAGAAUUGGACAGAAAGUUGAUCCUGUAACUGGUGAUGUUUAUACUAAAGAUGUUUAUGCUCCAGAUAAAUCACUGAAAAUGAUGUCUGAUAAAGAAGGGGAAGAAGAAGGUGAAGAGGAAGAAGAAGAGGGAGAUGAAGAAGAAAUUGAAGAUGAUUCUUUACCAAGUGAGAUACUAGGAAGAUUAAUAAUAAGACCAGAAGAUUUAGAACAACAAGUCGAUGAAAAUAUUCUCAAAUUUAAAAACAAUAUGUUGAGAAUUUUAGAGGACUAUAUGGCAGAUCAUGAUCAACAAUUUUUAAUUGAAAUGGAUGGUAACCAGAAUAAUGCUGUUCUGUUUAAGCAAUUAUUAAUGAGACUAGGAUGUUUUGUGUUGAGAACAGCUGCUGUACCAAUCAGACUGUGGGACCCUGAAGAUCCUGAAGAGAUUAAUGAAGAUAUUGAUACAGAUGAAUUAAUGAGACAAUUAGCUCCCAAACAGAUGAUAGCUCCUAGACAUAGAUGGAGACGUAGUAGAUGGCUGAAAAAUUGUCCUGUAGCUUUAUUUGAAGGCAAUAUGGUACCAGGAAAACCCGAAUUUGCUGUUAGUUUUCUGGACAAGAUAUAUUGUUUAUCAAGUGCUGAAGCUAUGGAGAAGUUUUUAAAGAAUCCUAGACCAUAUUUACUACCUCCUCAACCUAGACCACCAUGUAAAUUAUCAAUCUUAGGUCCACCAUUAUCUGGAAAAACAACCUUAUCUCAUUUACUGGCUAAUAAAUAUAGUGCAAAGGUUAUAGAUGUAGAUGAAUUGAUGAAACCUAAAUUACUAGAAGAACAUAAGAAUCAUCUACAGAAGGUACGAGAUGACACUACAGAAACAGCUAUUUUUACUGUUAAAGCUAGAUUAAAGGAACAGUUAGAGGCUGAGAGAGAAGGUGAGUUUCUAUUUCUCAUUCUACAUCAUGUCUAUAAAGCUUAUUUUUGUCUAUCUUUUAGUUUAUUUAAGCUUUUUAUCUGUCUAUAUUUUGUAGCUUUCUAUCCUCUGUCUUCUGCUCUUUGUAAGCUUCUAUCUUUACUCUCCAUCAAUCUACCUUUUUUAGUCUAUUUAAGCUCUUAUCAUUCUACAUUAUUUAAGCUUUCUUUUCCCUAUCUUUCAUAUCCAUUAAGCUUAUUAUUUCUUAACAUUAUUGUUAAAGAUAAAAUCAUAGAACCAGAAGUUGAUGCCACUCAUCCUGAAGUUGUAGCUAUAGUUGAAGCUGCUGUGAAAGAAGCUGAAAAACAAGAUGUCCUACUACAACCAGAAAUAUAUAUAGAGGCUAUGGAGGCUGCUAUUAAAGAUGCUGAACGAGAAUUAAAAAAGAAAAAUCCAGAAGGAGCUAUAAAUGGAGGUUGGAUAUUAGAUAAUUUCCCCAAUACAAGAGAUCAAUGGGCUGUUUGUAUUGAGAAGAAUAUUCUCCCAGAUGAUGUUAUUAUAUUAAAAGAUAACAGUGAAAAUGGAGUAUGUCUAAUGGAGAGAUAUUAUAAUCAAAAUAAAACUGAAAUUGAUGAAUUAAUGAAUGUACGACUUGAAAAAGAA